AUCUUGUUUUGUAUACAAGACUCCGUUACUAUUUUUCAUCGCCUAAGUAAUCGUGCUCUUGCUCCAAAAAAUGUGAAUGACUCACGAUUGAAGUGUAAACUUUGGCAACAUUGUGUCUUCACAAAAAUAGUUUUGAAAUCGAUUUGGACACUCAUUAUCGCACAAAACAAGAGUGUCCGUCCGAAUGCUACUAGAAUGAACUAGGUUUAUAAAACUAAAUACUUAAAUGCUCAUUUUAAGCCUUUUGAUGGAAAAUCAAAAAGUUGACAUCAAAGAAUAUCAAACUCAAGAACUCUACAAAUCCAAUUCAUGCCUGGUUUGUGCAAAUGGGUGCAAGGUCAAGCAAAACAUACUUUUGUAUUAAUUUCUGCGAAUGAAGAACGCACAAUUGAAGACACAAAACAAUAUUAGGCACACCUAUAUGGCUAUCUUCAUGACUCGGAGAAGUAUUUCUAAAGUCAUCAUUAUCGCGUCGUCGUACGUCGCGUCGAUCGCAGCGUAUCUACUCGAUUUUUUUGUUAUCUCCAGUGUCGCCUCGUUUGUUUGCCCACAACAUACAACAAGAAAUAAACUCUUUCAUUCUUUAAACUCUAUCCAUAAAAUCUUUCACUUCUUCAUUCACGAUUUCAGUUCACUUAAGGCCGGCUUUAAAUGCUCACAUAAUAUCAGUACAACGGAACGAAGCAACCCAAACAUAUUUUCGUUAUUUUUUGUUUUUUCUGCUCGAACUCGAAACAGAAGUUGUUGCGUCUAAAUUUCUUUUAAACCAACCGCCUCCUCCACAACGACCGUGCGUCGAUAAAUUUCUCUCCUUUCCGAACUCAUAUUUCUGUGAUUCGUUCAUAAUGUUUGUUAAAGAUACUAACUACUAUUUGAAAAUAUAUUUAACACCUUAGUAUCUCGUUUGCGUUUGAUUAGUAUAAAGAGUUACGUGGUUUUUGCAGUUAAUUUAAAUGAAAUAAAUUUACAGAAAAAGAAUUUGUGUGCUAUAUGACCCACUUUCAUAAUUCAGGGGAAAGAAGAAAACAAAAAAAAAGUUGAAAAGAAACAAAAAAUAAAUGAAAAGCCAACAGUGUGACCCACUUCCGUGUUUGAGUUAAGAAAAAAAAAAAAAACAACAACAACAACAUCAAAAUCAGAAUCCAACCAAAGAGGAGAAGUCACAAGAAACCAUUACCAAAAGACGAGCAAGAAUAAGAAGUUUUCUUGUUGGCCGUCUUCUUCAAGACAACAACACUAAAACAAACUGAGUCUCGAUUCAAACUCAAGCUCCGCAAACUCUCUCUCUGUCCCUAAAAAGCUAAGAUAUAGGAAAACGUUGUGUAGUUUGUCAAUGAGAACUUUCCGAACAGACCAGCAGCGACUAUACACUAUCUACCUAAAAACGCCAUCGUGUGCGCGUUUUGUGUCUCCUCGUAGCGUAGUCAAGAGAGUUUGUUUUUUCGGUUAUUAACUGAUUUCCAUUUUUAAAAGUGAAAUUUCCCUUUUGUUGCCGUUUGUCUUAUAACGCUGAGACUAACCUAUCAACAGCACCAGCCGUUGUCGUUUGCCAACAAACAUUCCAAUCCAAAGAUCUCUUAAAGUAUGCUAGAGAUUGUUGUUGAACUCAGCGUCUAAUUUAAGCAACAUGGAGCAUUUGUUAGAUGCGAAGAGAAAAUUUCUAUGUAGUUGAUGAAAACUUUUCAAAAAUCUAGAACGAUUCUACUAAACAAUAAUUAAAUUUAUAAAAUAAUUCAAUGUUCAAACGAAAAACCAAAAACACGCAACAAUUUCCAUAAAACAAAACAAACAAACAAAAAAAAAACAUUUGGAGCCUAUUCUUUAAACAAAACUUCAACUGACAUAUAAUAAUAUUCUAACUCUCAAUAGCAAAAUCAUUUUCUUCCGCAUUUCUUCCACUCAAUUCCAAUGAAACAUAAUGUCACAACUUCAAAUGAUUACGACCAGUAGCCGGUAAACAAAUUGAACAAAAUUAAAAUAGUGAAUAAAUAGAAAUUUUUUGAUAUUACUUUAGUUAUUGAUUGUCUAUCAAAAAUAGUAGAUCUUUAAAUUACAAAAAGAUACAUAAAUGCAAAUUUUGAGCAAAAUACAAAACGCAUUCACACAUUACAUGCUUCCUUUAUUAAAAACAAGAUCUUAAAAAAGUAACUAUUAACACAAACUUAUCUGGAUGAAAUAAUAUUUUUUGUAUGUACAUAUAAACCAAGGAAAAAAAAUCAUAAAAAACGACAGAAAAAAAACUUGAAGUUUUCAUAAAAAAAGAUACAACUAAACAAAAUGGCACAGUCUUUAGUGGAAGUGGAAGAAAGUGGUGAUCAGAUUCUUCUGAAUGGGGGGCCAAAUAUAUUCAGUAGUAGUUCCAGUACGAGUUCUACCUCAAAAUUGGAUCAUUUUAUCGACGAGUCAAACUACAUUCCAGUACCACAGUUCUAUUCUGGCAGAAGUGUAUUUAUCACCGGAGGAACAGGAUUUAUGGGAAAAGUUCUCGUUGAAAAGCUUUUAAGAUCAUGUCCAGACAUAAAAAACAUCUAUUUAUUGAUACGACCUAAACGAGGUCAAGAAGUGUCGGCUAGACUACAUGAGCUUCUGAAUGCGCCGCUUUUCGAAUCAUUGCGAAGAGACACACCAAAGGAAUUGAGUAAAGUCAUUCCAGUAUCUGGAGACAUUACAUCAGAAAAGCUUGGAAUAUCUGAGAGUGAUCAAAAUUUACUGUGUAAGAAUGUAUCAGUUGUUUUUCAUUCAGCGGCCACAGUUAAGUUUGAUGAAAAGCUCAAAUUAUCAGUCACAAUUAAUAUGCUCGGGACAAAACGUUUGGUGGAACUAUGUCAUCGGAUGAAGUCCCUAGACGCGCUUAUACAUGUAUCCACUGCCUAUUGUAAUUGUGAUCGAACCGAUGUAUCCGAAAUUAUAUACGAUCCACCCUAUAAUCCCGACGAUAUUAUAUCCCUUAUCAAUUGGCUUCCUGAAGAUAUGCUUGACAAGUUAACGCCUUCUCUGAUUGGGAAACGUCCAAACACUUACACAUUUACGAAAGCGUUAGCCGAACAUAUGCUACUCCAGGAAGCCGGAAACUUGCCGGUAGCCAUUGUUCGGCCAUCAAUUGUCAUAGCAAGUUUGAAUGAACCGUUCGCCGGUUGGGUGGACAACUGGAACGGUCCAACUGGACUCGUUUCCGCUGUUGCCAAAGGCCUAUUCCGAACAAUUAUGUGCGAAAAGGACUUUGUCGCUGACAUGGUUCCUGUUGAUAUUGUGAUUAAUCUCAUGAUAACAGCCGCAUGGAGAACUGCUACAGCCAAACCAAAUGGAAUGACCAUAUACAACUGUUGUACGGGUCAGCGGCAUCCAAUAACAUGGGGAAAAUUCGUAAAUCACGCAAUUGCGCAAGUUCGAAAACAUCCUUUAGAGGGUUGUCUUUGGUACCCAACGGGAGUAUUACGUAUGAGUCGACCAUUGAACACAAUGCACGGAUUCCUGGUGCAUUACAUUCCAGCGUAUGUAUUAGAUAUUCUCGCUAGACUAACAGGCAAAAAACCAGUAAUGGUUAGUGUUCAAAACAAAAUAGCAAAGGCAGUUGACUGCCUUGAGUAUUUUGCAACGAAUCAAUGGAGAUUUAGAGAUGAUAAUGUCCAGACUUUAUUACAAAGUCUGAGCCAAAAAGAUCGCGAUAACUUCAUUUUUGAUGCAACAACAAUCAAUUGGGAGAACUAUGUUGAAAGAUAUGUUUUGGGAUUCAGAGAAUUUCUGUUUAAACAACGCCCCGAGUCUCUUCCAUCGAGUAGGAAAAAUAUGUUAAGAUUGUACUACCUACAUCAAUUGUCAAAAAUGCUCGUGAUAAUAUUUACGUGGCGCUUCCUCAUGGCACGAUCGAAAAAACUUAACGAGCUCUGGACAGCCUUUCUGCAAACAAUUCUUAGAAUGACUCGACUUUUACCACUCUUGUAAUAAAAAGUAAUACAUAUAUGUAAAUUAAACGCAAACAAAUAUUUAUUUAUAAUUACUAUUUUAUUUUUCCAAUGUUGGAUUUUUUAUAUAAUUAGGAGUGUUGUAUUUUUUUAAUUAUGUAAUUCAAUUACUUCAAGGUUUGCACUUAAUUUUGUCUUUGUUUAUAUUUUUACAAAAAAAAAUUAAAUACAAAAAAAAAAAAACAUUUUUAGAAAAGUAUGAUAAUGUAGUCAUAUAUUUACUUAUUAAUACAAUACAUAAAAAAAGGAGAAUAAUACAAUAUUUUUAUUUUUAAUAAGUUUUUUUUGUUACGAAAAUGUAUAGCAUACAAAAACAAAAAACAGAAAAUUCUGUUAAACCAAAUCCAAUUUCUUUUAUUAUGCAUUUAAAAAAAAAAAACAUCAUCCAAAACGAGGAAUCAGAGUAAUAAUUAAGUAAUAAAAAAAAAACAUAUAAAAUUGUUCUUAUUUAGAAACAAAUAGAAACUAAUUAACUACACAUAAAGUGCUUGUUGAAAAAAAAAUUAUUAAAAUAAAAGAAAAAAUUCGAUAAAAAACCAAGAAAAAAAUCAGGAAAAAAUUAAACAAAAUCUAAAUACUACUUAUAAAUUAAUAUUGACUAAAAUAUAAAAUUAGAUUCAAAAUUUUUACAUAAAAGUGAAAAAUACUAUGAAUAUGUAUAUUUAAUUACAUUAUAUAGGAUUAUUAAAAUAAUGACAAAUUAAGUGAAUAACUUAUAAAAUUAUUUAAAAAACAAAAACAGAAAAACUAAAAAAUCGUAGAGAAAAAAAAAACGGAAAGACGCAUUCAUUCCAUCCAAAUACAGAAUAAUAAACGCAUACAAUUUGCGUACACACAAAACAAAUAAAAACACUUGAAAAAUAAAUUCUUUCAAAAUAAAACGCUAUGGGAAAAUAAGGUAUUUUGCAGAUACAAAUGUUUUAUUGUACAGUUUAUUGAUGUAAAUGCCAUGCGGAGAUCUAGGCUUACAAUUAAAUAUAAACCACUUUCACGGUGUACACACGGGUUUGGAUAUACAAAGUAUGCUUUUUCAAUAACAUUACGGACAUGUAUGUAUAAUAAAAAUAAAAACCAACAAUAAAUAAA